CCCUCUUUAAAUCAAUUCAAUGUUCAUUGUUCCGAUCUGUGCCCUAUCCAUAUGAAAUUGCAAUAUUGCUAUCCCAUUCGCUUCACGAAAUCCCUUUGAUAAAUACCAAAAUAUGGACGAGCCACCAAGCCUCACUGCUGAGAGUGCCCACCGCCCGAGCUUUCCAACCGAUCCUUCGCAGUUUGACAGCGAUCCCCGAAUCUCUUUUUCGAAACUUGAUAAUAAAUUCAUUCUGGAAACGGAAGAUGGUGAAGAAUAUUCAUACGAUACGGUCUUAAAGAGAUGGAUACCUUGGCUGGAUGACUCUCUUGUCGAGCAACAGAGAGAAGCGUACAAGGUUAAAGGCGUGGAUGAGAACGAGCCAGCCGUUAAGCAACAAAGGAAGAAGCGGAAGCAGAACGACGACGGAGCCGGCAAUAAUACGCACAAAGCCAAAAAACCCCGUACGAACACUGCAGUAUAUGUCACUUCAAUUCCCUUAGAUGCGACCGUCGAUGAGAUAAAUGAUGUUUUUUGCAAAUGCGGGGUCAUCGCCGAAGAAAUUGAUAGCCAUCGACCACGUAUAAAGAUGUAUACGGACGAGAACGGAAAUUUUAAGGGAGAUGCGCUGGUGGUAUAUUUCCGGCCCGAAUCCGUCAAUCUUGCGAUUCAGAUGCUUGACGAUUCAGAUUUCCGAUUCGGCGAACCCGGCCCGCAAGGGAAAAUGAAAGUCCAGCAAGCGGACUUUUCAUUCAAAGCACAACAAGAAGCGCCCGAGAAACCAAACGCGAGAGACAAGGCAAAGAUUAUUAGAAAGACCCAGAAGCUUAAGAAUAAACUUGCGGACUGGGACGAAGAAGAUGCAGCUACUCAGCCAUCAGGACGAUGGGAGAAGGUUGUGAUACUUAAGCACAUGUUUACGCUCCAGGAGCUUGAGGAAGAUCCGGCCGCAAUCCUUGACAUUAAGGAGGAUAUCCGAGAUGAAUGCUCCAAGCUAGGAGAGGUUACCAACGUGGUGAUGUACGAUAAAGAAGAAUCUGGAGUUGUGACAGUCAGGUUUAAGGAUCCCGAUGCCGCGCAAGCAUGCGUGCGGAUGAUGCAUGGCCGAUUCUUUGGCGGUACUCAAGUCGAAGCGUACAUUGCUGACGGGCGUGAGCGAUUCAAAAAGUCGAGCACGAAGGGCCAUGACUAUGAAGAUGACGGUGCAGGUUGGGAAGUUGGCAAUGAUGAUGAAGAGGCUAGACGGCUGGAGGAGUUCGGAUCGUGGAUUGAAAACAAGAAGGCAGAGCCCGAGGCAACCACUUCAUAG